AUCUUUUUCACUCGAAGGGGCGUCAGCUUCUUGCGUCUGAGAUUCUCACGAGUUGUCUUCUUGAGAACGAAAGAAAUAAAGAGACGGUGGAGAGAAAAUGAGAAGCAUUCGGUCCGAUGUACCAGAUAUUUCUCAGUUCGAGAGGAGACUUCGUGAAAUAAUUUAUGAACACCAACGAAAUGCAGCAGAGUUGAACAAUUUGGAAAAGGAACGUUUAUCGAUACGCGAGGAGCUUUGUUCGAAGGACCAUCUGUUGCAAAACGAGCGAAGGAUAUCGAACGAGCUGAAAACUCGUUUAAAAACAGCGUCGUUGACGAUCAAUCGUUUGGAGGAGGAGAGAAUGCGUGACAAGAUCGAUCACACGAAUUUGUCAGUAAAUUACGAGAGUUUGCUUCAGGAGCGUGAUAUAUUUAAGAAGGAAGCUAUGUGUUGCCAAACGGAGGCCGCGAAAUUCAAAUUCAAAGUCGAUAGUUUGGAGGGCACGCUGCGGCGGGAAAUUCGAAAGAGAGAGAAGUUGGAACAAGCAUUGACAGAACUGAAGAACGAUUAUGAGAAAAUAACCGUUAAUAUCGAUAAGAGUAUCGUCCGGCUUGGAAAGGAGCAGGAGUACUUACUAAACAGUGGUAAAGCUAUAAUUCUCCUAAACAAACGGUUGCAAACAUUUGGUCUCUGCUCUCACGCGAUUAAUCAAAGAAACAAAGCACGUGAGAGAGAUUUACAACGUAAAUUAAUUGCUUCUUCUAUUAACGAAUCCACCAGAUUGUCCAGCAAUGACGCGUUACAUCCAGAAAUCGAAAAUCUAUGUUCCAAGUUAAAGGAAAUGUUGACAAAUUUAAAAACGAAGAUGCAAGAUUCCGCGUUGUUCGAAGAAAAACUAGAUAGGAUCUUCAACGAGUUCUCUGCAAAUUUCACACAAGUACAAACAACGAUGAGAACAACUCUCAACGAAUAAACGAAUCAGUUCGAUGAUUACCAACAUUUAUUUCAUUUCGGUUUCUCGAUACAUUCUGAUAAGUAAGAGGUUUAUUUCGACUUGAUAAAAUAUUUCGAAAUAAAAUUACAAUGCUUAUAUCGUUAUAAAACAUGUUAAAAAAUUACUGACAAUUUUGUAUGUACAUCAUCCUUGCGCUCCAAGCAGUUUAAGAUUGUAAGAUUAGCCGUUAAUUCGUUGCCAUUUUUAAUUUGUUCCAUUUUGUUAAGAAAUUGAAAUU